UUGCUCGCUUCGCAUAUUCUUCCCCAGAUAAAUACACUCCGUCAAAAAUUUCCCCCCUUCUCCUCAUUUUUUUUCACCCAAAUCGCGUCCAGUUUCUUCUCUCUCUCUCCUCUCAAAACCCUAAACCCCCUCAUAAAAUUCACAUUUCCGAACAAAUUUCAACCUCGAUUCCGGUCUCUGAUCCGUAUUAUUCGCCGCGAAUCCUAGAGUCGAUGCAAGCUCUAAUCUGGGAGGCCUCCGGAAAGAUAUGACCAUAGCAUUUCGUUUCAUAGAAGUAAAGGAAACCGAAAAUGGCUUCAAGAGCAAUUGUCAGAGGGAGAAAGUGCCUGUUGAGGCACCUGAACGGUCCCUUUCGUCCGUGUUCUGGUUUUUCUAGUUUUGCACACGGAAGAUCUGGUCAGGACUCAGAUAAAAAAGUCCAGGGUUUUAAUUAUUCUGACAGUAAGGAGGAGUCGAUUCUAGUGCCAAAAGAGAACUUGCACUUUUCAUCGAGAGGAUUUCUUAGCCGUCCAACUUUCAGUACUCAGUAUGGGGGAUCAGAUAUUCAUCCCUUGGGAGUUAGGUGGACUUUGCAGCAGCAAUACAUACGAGCUAUGUCAACAGCUACAGCUGGUCAGCCUGAAAUAAGACAACAUGAUGAUGUUAAAGAAGGUCAGAAUCAAAAACAAACAAAAGAAGCAUCACCGGAGGAAUGUGACCAGGCAGUUGAAGGCCUAAGUAAUGCAAAGGCUAAAGCAAAAGCCAAAAAACUUCAAGAAUCACAGAAAGUUUCUCAAUCAAUUGUUCAGAAGUUGUGGGUUAAACUUUUGGGUAUUGGUCCUGCUUUGAGAGCAGUUGCUUCCAUGAGCAGGGCUGACUGGGCUGUAAAGUUGCGCCAUUGGAAGGAUGAAUUUGUUUCUACUCUGAAGCAUUAUUGGCUGGGUUCGAAAUUACUCUGGGUAGAUGUCAGAAUUUCUUCGAGAUUAUUGCUCAAACUUGCUAGUGGGAAGAGUCUCUCCAGGAGGGAAAGGCAGCAACUAACUCGUACCACAGCUGAUAUAUUCAGGCUGGUUCCUGUUGCUGUUUUUAUCAUUGUCCCAUUCAUGGAAUUCUUGCUUCCAGUAUUUCUUAAAUUAUUCCCGAACAUGCUGCCAUCAACUUUUCAAGACAAAAUGAAAGAACAGGAAGCUUUAAAAAGGAGACUCAAUGCCCGAAUCGAGUAUGCAAAAUUUUUGCAGGACACUGCUAAGGAAAUGGCAAAAGAGGUACAGCUCUCCCAUACUGGAGACAUCAAACAGACAGCAGAAGAUUUAGAUGAAUUCUUGAACAAGGUCCGGACUGGUGCUAACAUUUCAAAUGAAGAAAUCUUAAGCUUUGCAAAACUAUUCAAUGAUGAGUUGACUCUGGACAACAUCAGCAGGCCAAGAUUGAUCAAUAUGUGCAAGUAUAUGGGAAUUCCACCAUAUGGAACUGAUAAAUAUUUACGCUAUAUGCUUCGGAAAAAAUUGCAACAGAUAAAGGAGGAUGAUAAACUAAUCAAAGCAGAGGGUGUAGAGUCUCUUUCGGAAGAGGAACUCCGUCAAGCAUGUCGUGAGCGAGGCCAUCUAGGAUUGCUCUCAACAGAGGAGAUGCGCCAGCAGCUGCGAGAUUGGUUGGAUUUAUCUCUGAAUCAUUCUGUUCCAUCUUCUCUCCUCAUACUUUCUAGAGCCUUCACCGUGUCUGGGAAGUUGAAACCUGAAGAGGCUGUUGUAGCUACACUAUCAUCUCUACCAGAUGAGGUUGUAGAUACUGUUGGUACUGGAUUGCCAUCUGAAGAUUCCAUCUCAGAAAGGAAGAGGAAGUUGGAGUUCCUUGAAAUGCAAGAAGAACUUAUUAAGGAGGAAGAGAAGAAGCUAGAGAAAGAAGAGAAAGCUAAAAUAAAGGAAUCUGAAAUUGGCGAGGAGGAUAUUGCUUUGAAAGAGAUGACUGGUCCUACUGCUCGAGAAGCAGAAGAGCUUGCACAAACAAAAACUUCAGAAAAGCAAGAGCAAUACGGCAGAAUCAGCCGUGCUCUGGCUGUUCUAGCCUCAGCAUCUUCAGUCAGUAGGGAGCGUCAGGAGUUUUUGAGCCUUGUUAACAAAGAGAUAGAAUUGUAUAAUGCCUUACUUGAGAAAGAGGGUACUGAUGGAGAGGAAGAAGCUAAGAAGUUGUACAAAGCUGCGAGAGAUGAAGCUACUGAAGUAGCUUCAGAAGAUAAGGUCACAUCUGCGCUUCAAGAUAGGAUUGACAGCAUGCUUCAAAGCCUUGAAAAAGAGAUUGAUGAUGUUGAUGCUAAAAUCGGUAACCGUUACAAUCUACUUGAUAGGGAUCACGAUGGCAAAGUGACACCAGAAGAGGUUGCCACUGCAGCUAUGUACCUUAAAGAUACCUUGGGCAAGGAGAGCGUCCAAGAGCUCAUUAAUAACCUUUCAAGAGACAGAGAUGGUAAGAUUCUUGUCGAAGACAUUGUCAAGCUGGCCAGCCAAGCUGAGGAGGUCAAUGACGAUGAGAUUGAGAAUAGAUAGUUGCUAUAAUCAAAGGCAGUAGUAGAAUCCUCUUCUAUUUAUUUUAUAACAACCCAAUAGUCGAGGAUUCUCACAUACAAAAUACAUUUUCAGAAUAAGUCGUUGUAGACCAUCACACUAUUUUUUAUGCAAGGGAUGAUGGUUGCAAUUUUUGCCGCUGUAAAAUUUAGAGAUGGGGCUGAUUAUUAUGUGCACAGAAACACGAGGGACUUGAUUCUAUCGCAUCAGAUUACAAAGAUCCUAUAGUCGCAACAGAUUGGGUUUCUUCUGUCUAUUGAGCAGCCAACCCUAACUCAUGAUGCCCACACCCCUUCAAAGGAUUAUGGUGCUUAGAAUACUGUUAUUUAAUGAAGAUUUUGGAGACAUGCAGAUGCAAAUGUAAUAAAAAAGUGUUUUAAUUUUAAAUAAAAUUUGGCCAAGAGGGUAUUUUGGGGAAAGAAUGGUCUGUUGUAUAUAUCUUUGCCAGCUAUAGUUUUUUCUUGUGA